GUUUGUUUCCUGCUCCCUCCUGUCAUGCUCAGAUGCGAGUCUCUGUCUUGGUGCUGAUCACAUUCUACCCCGCCAUGGGUACCUGCACCAUCUUCCUGUGCCUCCUGCUCCUCUGCGGGGCCCUGGGUCUCAGCACUUCCCCUACCCGGGCCCGGCUCCACUGUUACACCUGCAGCUUCGCCAAACCCUGCUACCCUGUUCCCACGGAGUGUCAGGACGAUGAGGCUUGCGGCAUCAGCCUGGGCACCUCAGACCAGAAUGAGGUCAUCGAGCGGAAAGGCUGCCUCCCUAGGGCCCAGUGCCCUCUGCCAGGGCAUGCCACCUACUGGUCACGCUCCUACAUGCUGCGACAUCAGUGCUGCGAACAGGACUUGUGCAACGUGGCCACCACGCCCCAGCAGCUCCCUAGCCUUCUGCUCAGCACCUUGGUCCUCCUUGUGACCAGCUUCACUUGGGCAGGCCACCUCCUCCGCUAGCCUCAUGGGAGUCUGCGGCCCUCAACCCUGGGCUCCUCCACAGACAUCGUGGGCCUGGAAUGGGCACAAACACCCGAAAUUUGCCCAAGAACCUGAUUUUGUACAAAGACCUCAGACCCCUGGGCCCAGUGCCCCUACAGAUUCCUAUGGGCCCUGCUCCAGCCCCUGCAGUUACCUGCUAAGAGCCCAGCCCCCAAGGAAACCCUUGUUCUGCCUUUUCUAGAUGCCUGGUGCUGAUGUCCCCUCAGCCCCAGGUUCCUGGCAAGAGAGUCAAAGGGGCACUGGGAACGGUGACAAGGAGAGUCUGGCUAGGAAGGAUGUAACUUAUAGACUGGGAACUCGGGAAGGAGGGACUCAGUUUGGGAAACUAUAAAAAGAUUUAAGGGGCCGGGGAUUUAGCUCAGUGGUUUCGCCACCUGCUGCGCAAAUGCAAGGACUGGAGUUCGAUCCUUGGUACCAAAAAAAAAAGUAGAUUUAAUAAAAGGGCCAUCUGGGA